CGCCCCCCGGAUCUCCGGCUUCCGGCAACUCCGCGCGGGGGAAGCGCUGGCGGAGCCUCUCAGGCCCGAGCGACCCUGGGCUGCGCGCGAGGUGAGAGGCUGCGGCUCGGCUCCUGCCCGUCGAACUUGCCUCUGUUUCGCGGCGUUCUGGCUGUAGGGUCGCCUCCUCAGCCGCCUGGCUGUGUGCGAAGUGCCUCACACGCGCCGUGUCGUUUAAUGGCCCCCGCACUGUACCUCUGCACCUUUUCCUCCUAACUGGGAGAAGACCCACUGACUGAAUGGCAGCUGUGGAUAACUUGCAGUUUGAAGAGUUUGGUGAUGUACCGACUUCCCUAGCAGCAAACCCAGAUGUCACCACGAUAAGCAUUGAGGAUCCUGGCGAAAUCCCAAAACAUCAGCCAGGACCUUCGAGAGGCUCAGGGAGAGAAGAGGAUGAUGAGUUACUGGGCAACGAUGACUCUGACAAAACUGAGUUACUUGCUGGACAGAAGAAAAGCUCUCCCUUCUGGACUUUUGAGUAUUAUCAAACAUUCUUUGAUGUGGACACUUACCAGGUCUUUGACAGAAUAAAAGGGUCUCUUUUGCCAAUACCCGGGAAAAACUUUGUGAGGUUAUAUAUCCGCAGCAAUCCAGAUCUCUAUGGGCCCUUUUGGAUAUGUGCCACAUUGGUCUUUGCCAUAGCAAUUAGUGGGAAUCUUUCCAACUUCUUAAUCCAUCUGGGAGAGAAGACAUACCAUUAUGUGCCCGAAUUCCGAAAAGUGUCCAUAGCAGCCACAGUCAUCUAUGCCUAUGCCUGGCUGGUUCCUCUUGCUCUCUGGGGUUUCCUCAUGUGGAGAAACAGCAAGGUUAUGAACAUCGUUUCCUACUCAUUUCUGGAGAUCGUGUGCGUCUAUGGCUAUUCGCUCUUCAUUUAUAUCCCCACGGCAAUUCUGUGGAUUAUCCCCCAGAAAGCAGUUCGCUGGAUUCUAGUCAUGAUUGCCCUGGGCAUCUCAGGAUCUGUCUUGGCAAUGACAUUCUGGCCAGCUGUUCGUGAGGAUAACCGGCGCGUUUCAAUGGCCACAAUUGUGACAAUUGUGUUGCUUCACAUGCUUCUUUCUGUGGGCUGCUUGGCCUACUUUUUUGAUGCCCCAGAGAUGGAUCAUCUCCCAACAACUACAGCUACUGCUAACCACACCAUUGCAGCAGCCAAGUUCAGCUAAGGAGAAAAUUCUCUUUCAUGUUUUGGGGAAUGUGGUUCUUCUGGACCUGGCAUCUGCUGCAGGAAAGCAGAGUGGUCAAAGCCAGCAGGAAACGGACAGAUGGCUCCACACUGAAGCUCAUCACCUAUUUAAUGAACAGAAUUCAAUGCUGGGCUAAGGAGUGGCUCAGUAGUAGCGCUUGCCUACCAUGCCUGAGGCCCUGGGUUUGAUCUCUAGCACCACAAAACAACAGCAAAACAAAAAUUAAAUGUUAAAAAAUUGAA